AGAAGCGCGGCAAAGUUUUGCAUUUUGUGGCGACUUUUAUUUACUAUUUGGUUGAUAUACGUGUAUUCCGGAAUGCAGGCCUUUUUGAAAACGGGAAAAGCGACGACGGGAUCAGGAGAGAAGAGCCAGGGAACUCCAGCUACGCGUCGCAAACCGCCAGCUCCUUGGGUGGAGAAAUACCGUCCACGCAACGUAGAGGAUGUGGUGGAGCAGUCCGAGGUGGUGGCCGUGCUGCGGAAGUGUGUCGAGGGCGGAGACCUGCCCAAUAUGCUGCUUUAUGGACCUCCCGGCACAGGAAAAACCAGUACGAUUCUGGCUGCCGGCCGGCAGAUCUUUGGAGACAUGUUUAAGGACCGCAUCCUAGAGUUAAACGCCUCCGACGAACGUGGCAUUAAUGUGGUGCGCACAAAGAUUAAGAACUUUUCGCAGCUAUCAGCCAGCAGUGUGCGUCCAGAUGGAAGGCCGUGUCCGCCAUUCAAGAUCAUCAUUCUGGAUGAGGCCGACUCGAUGACCCAUGCCGCACAAUCUGCAUUGCGGCGCACAAUGGAGAAGGAAAGCCGGAGCACCCGCUUCUGCCUGAUCUGUAAUUAUGUCUCCAGGAUCAUUGUGCCCAUUACUUCGCGUUGUUCCAAAUUCCGCUUUAAGGCGCUGGGCGACGAUAAGGUUAUUGAACGCCUGAAACACAUCUGCGAGAUGGAGGGCGUGAAGAUAGAAGAGGAUGCUUACAAGUCCAUUGUAAAGAUUUCUGGCGGAGAUCUGCGCCGGGCUAUUACCACCAUGCAGUCUUGCUACCGCUUGAAGGGCCCAGAACACAUUAUCAACACUGCCGAUCUGUUCGAGAUGUCAGGCGUUAUUCCGGAAUACUAUCUGGAGGAUUAUCUUGAGGUUUGUCGCUCGGGGAACUACGAACGCCUGGAGCAGUUCGUGCGAGAUAUCGGCUUUUCGGCCUACAGCGUUGGCCAGAUGAUGGAGCAAUUCGUUGAGUUCAUCGUCCACCAUCCGGGGCUGAAUGAUCCGCAAAAGGCCAAGAUCUGCGAUAAGUUGGGUGAAUGUUGCUUUCGCCUGCAGGACGGUGGAUCUGAGUACCUACAAAUCAUGGACCUUGGUUGCUGCAUCAUCUUAGCCCUAAAAUAAAUAUCCACCAUCCAUUCGAAACACAUUCAUAUUUUUUUUUGCGACUGAAGUCUAAAAUAUAUUUAAUAUUUAGUUUGAA